CUCAUACCUCACGACUUCACAGGCGGAAGUCGAUUAUGGCGUCCCUGGUACCCGAAACAGCCCCGAAGGUUUUGACGGCCGAAACCCUUCGGUCCGCAGCGAAGCUAUCAGAGCGGAUUCACAUCGUUCCUAUUCGACUUCGAAGAGCCAUCAAGAAAUUUCUUCGAGAGCAAGAGAAACCUAAUAUGAAGAGAAAAGUGUUGAGCCUAUCCGAGUCAUUCAGCGACAUUAAGGAAGUAAAUCUCCAGCUGUGCACCUCUACUUCAAAGGAGCUCGUUGAAGACCCUCUCAAGUCCAUGGAGCGGUCGAAGAGAUGGAAGAUCAAGACUUCCUAUGGAGACAUUGGUCUUAAGUAUAGAGACGAUGAAACUGUCGCUUACGUCGCUUCUCGCAUGCCCGCCGUAUACUCUGCCUGUUACAGAGUUCUUAGUGAGGUUCGGCGAAGGCUACCUGGUUUUUCUCCAUCUAGGGUGUUGGAUUUUGGCUCUGGGACCGGUUCGGUUCUGUGGGCAUUGCGAGAAAUAUGGCCUCGUUCUUUGAAGAGAAUCAAUUUAGUAGAGCCAUCGAAAUCAAUGCAACGGACUGGUCAGAGCCUUUUACAGGAUCUGAAGGACUUGCCACUAAUUCAAAGCUAUGAUAGCAUUCAGGAACUAACACGAAAUCUCGAAAAAUCUGACAGAGAGCAUGACCUUGUAAUCGCUUCUUAUGUACUUGGCGAGGUGCCUUCACUGAAAGACAGAAUCACCAUAGUUCGUCAGCUUUGGGAUCUUACACGAGAUGUCCUGGUUUUGGUUGAGCCUGGGACGCCGCAUGGAUCUAACAUCAUAUCUCAAAUGCGAUCUCAUAUCCUGUGGAUGGCAAAGAGGAAAUGUCGUAAAUGUGAUGGAUCUGAUGAGGCUUCCAAGGAUAUAGUGGCUUCCAAAAGCGAUGCAUUUGUGGUUGCUCCUUGCCCUCACGAUGGAGCUUGUCCAUUGGAGAACACUGGCAAAUAUUGCCAUUUUGUUCAGCGUUUGGAGAGAACUUCUUCACAACGUGCAUACAAGAGGUCCAAGGGACAACCUUUACGUGGAUUUGAGGAUGAGAAAUUUUGUUUUGUUGCCUUAAGACGAGGGCAACGGCCACAGGAACCCUGGCCGCUUGAUGGUAUGACAUUUGAAACUCUUAAGGAACAGCAUGCUAAAAGGAGACCUGAGGAUCUUGAGAUUGAUUAUGAGGACCUAUACGGGUCUGAGGAUGAGGAUAUUCCCUAUGAAGAGGAUCGAGUUUCCUACAACUCUGAUUUUACAGAGACAGAUGCAAUAUCUGAGCAUGAAGAAGUGGAAGAAGAGGGAGAAGAUGCCCAUGCCAGUCUGGGAAGUGGUUGGGGUCGCAUUAUCUUCCCGCCUGUUCGGAGAGGCAAGCAAGUAGCAAUGGAUGUAUGCCGAUCAAUUAAACGUGAUGGGUCAGAGGGCUCUUUUGACCGUGUGGUCAUCACCCAGAGUAAGAACCCUACCCUACACAAACAGGCACGUAAGUCCUUCUGGGGGGACUUGUGGCCAUUUUGAGCCUUUUUCCCACCAUUUUACUGUUCGGUGAGAUAAUUUAAGUGUGCAAGAGAGAAAUGUAAAUAAACUAUGUUUUAAUGUUUAU